CUGCUGAGGGCAAUUUUGUUACCCUCCCCUGAGGAAUUUAAUCUUCAAACUCAACUCACGAAGACUACACAGUAAUUAUAGGAUAAGAAAAGCUUCCUCUUUCUUCUCUCUCCAAAUUCUCGAGAGUGGGAAAGAAUCACAAGUAUGGCAGCAGCAGCGGCAAAGGAGGAGGGGGGAGUGAAUAAAGUGGGAGAGGAAUUCGUGUACCGGAUCAGCACCGCGGAGGAGUGGGAGGCUCUACAGAGGAAUGGUUCUACUUUCGGUGGUGAGCUUGACCAGACCACUGGUUGUUUCCAUCUUAGUAACCUCCAUCAGGUGCAAUCAACUUUGCAGAACUUCUUUCUGGACUCUUACAGGGACCUUUACCUGCUCCAAAUUGAUGCCGAAAAGCUUGGUGAAGGACUAGUGUAUGAAGCUGUAGAUGGCUCAAAUGUCUUUCCCCAUUUCUAUGGUCCUUCUCGGAGUUUCAGUCCUCUCACUUUUGAUGCAGUUACAAAGGCAGAGAAACUAACCUUAUCAGGUGGCCGAUUCAGUUGUAGCUUUCUAACUUGAAUGCUAUCAAGCUUUGUUUCAGAUUCAAGGUUCCACUUUGCAAUUGAUUGGCUACUGAGCUGCGUAAAAUUGCUUUUGCUGCUUCUGUGUAUAAAUUUGGCUUAAACUAAAUGCCAGUGUUUGUCAGGGCUGUGCUGGAUGAGAGGGUUGUGAUAGCUGCUGUGGAGUCUAAUAUUAGAGCUAGAGUGAGUUCUUGGAAGUGCAUGCCUAACUCCGUGGAGAAUAGAAGGCUGUGUGAGCCGUGGAAUAUUUCCUUUGGCAUUCUAGAUAGGCCCAGGAGAUGAUAACUAGGUAGGGGUGUUUUUGCUUGUUUGUUGUUUCAAGUCGCGUGUUCUCUUGUUUUCUGUGUUUUGGUGUUUGAGGCCUGGUCUGAGGGUUGUCCCCGAGGUUUUGUGUUUCUGUACUUGGUUUUUGGUGUUUAGCAAUAAAAUGAUGUCUACCAAGAAAAA